UUUUGUCGUGCUGUCUCACUGUUCUCUCUCCACCUAUACAUACAUAUCGCUGUAUAUACGACUUAAAUACACAUAUCCUCUUUUUGGUUACGGGAAUGCAAUUCCUCCCCAGUCGCUGUUGGAGUUGGAGAGACAAACUUUGUGUAUGAUCCACUUCCGGAGAGAAUCCUCAAUUACUGCAACCGAUCGUUGAAGUUAUUAUCCGUCUCUCUUUUCGGAUCUGUUAAAAGCUUCUCUCUUCUGUUAAUGAUUAUCGGGGCGCCCGUUUCUGGUGAUUGAAUCAGUUGCAGUGGCCCAGAGCAAUCCAAUUAUAACUCCAGUAUGAAGGACGUGAGCAGACAUAGCAUUAAGACUGAUGAUCCGUUUUCAAGCCUACUUGAGCUUGCUGCUAACAACGAUGCUGAUUCUUUCAAACAAUUCAUUGAGUCUGAUUCUUCAGCCAUUGACUCAGUUGGACUUUGGUUGGUCCGCAAGAAGGGCGCGAAGCAGGUUGUUGAGGUGGAAAGGACUCCAUUAAUGGUCGCUUCCACAUAUGGAAGCAUUGAUGUCUUGAAGCUGAUUCUUUCUCUGCCUGAAGUUGACGUCAACCGAACUUGUGGACCCGACAAAUGCACUGCCCUUCACUGUGCUACCUCUGGUGGCUCUGUUAAUGUCAUUGAAGUUGUUAAGUUGUUGAUAUCAGCUGGGGCUGACCCAAACAUUGAAGAUUUCAACGGUCAGCGGGCAGCUGAUGUCAUUUCUGUCCCUCCAAAGCUUCCAGGUGGUAGAGCUGCUCUAGAGGAUCUGUUACUGAACAAUACUACGUCUGAUGGGUCAGUUGGUGGAAGUGAUACGGUUGGGUCAAAUGCAUCCUCGCCUGUCUUAUCUUCAUCCCCUGAAAAUGGUUCACCAUGUUAUCAUCCAAGGGAAUCAAAGAGGGAAUACCCGAUCGACCCGUCUCUACCUGACAUAAAAAAUGGUGUAUACUCAAGUGAUGAGUUUAGGAUGUUUUCCUUCAAGGUGAGGCCUUGCUCCCGGGCUUAUUCUCAUGAUUGGACUGAGUGUCCAUUCGUCCACCCGGGAGAGAAUGCACGGAGAAGAGAUCCAAGGAAAUACCAUUAUAGUUGUGUCCCGUGCCCGGAGUUUCGCAAGGGUGCUUGUAGACGUGGCGAUAUGUGUGAAUAUGCCCACGGGGUGUUUGAGUGUUGGCUACACCCGGCCCAAUACCGGACCCGUUUAUGCAAGGAUGGUACCAGUUGUGCUAGACGGGUUUGCUUUUUUGCCCACACUGCUGAGGAGCUUCGACCACUUUACGUCUCUACUGGGUCCGCUGUCCCGUCUCCCAGGUCUAGUGCUGCUACUGCUACUGUUAUGGACAUGGCUGUUGCGUUAAGUCUUCUCCCAGGAUCUCCAACGGCCAAUUCAAUACCUCACUCGUCUCCUCCCACCUGGACCCCUCACCAUCAACCAAGUGUUCCCACUCUUCAUCUCCCUGGAAGUAACCUACAGUCGAGUAGGCUAAGGACUUCUUUCAAUGCGCGAGAAAACAUGAAAAUGAUGCAGGAAUAUGAUUCCCAGCUGGGUUGUUUUUCACCUUCUCUGACUCAUCCCAAUAGUCUACUAACCCCUUCCAAUCUUGAGGAGCUUUUUUCUGCUGAAAACAACUUGUCUCCUAGGUACUCUGAUCAGAUGGUGGUGUCUUCAGGUGGUGUUUUCUCACCUUCACAUAAGUUCAACCAGUUCCAACAGCAGCAGAGAAUGCUCUCACCUAUCAAUACUACCACCACUGCAUUUUCCCCAGGAAGAAUGUCCACAAGAAGUGUGGAUCCCAUAUCCCCAAUGAGCGGCCGUCACUCUACAUUUGCUCAAACUGAGAAACAGCAACAACUUCGCUCUGUCAGCUCCCGGGAUCUUGGUGGAUCUCCCGUUGUGGGCAAGUCUUGGUCAAAUUUGGGGCCUGCGCUUAAUACAAAUAUAGACUGGUCACUCAAUGGGCAUCAACUUGGAAGUUCUGAGGAGAGCAACGUGAAGGGACCUGACUUGUCAUGGGUGCAAUCUCUUGUUAAAGAAUAUGAGCCUUCUGAGAUCAAGGGAAAUUUGGUGUCGGCUCCGGUUUUGGGUGGUGCUGGCCCAUCGGGGUCUCAAAAUGAUGGUCCUGAUUCGAUUGAUUAUUCUGCCCUGGGAGCUUGGCUCGAGCAGAUGCAAAUUGAUCAACAGCUUGUGGCCUGAGAGACCCAUUCCUUUUCUCUUUUUUGCUUUUUGACAAAACUAAAAGUUUUUAGGGGAAGUAUAUACAGUGGUCGGCGCUAUUAUUCUGCGGCCUGCUUUUUUUCGCUAAAUUGUAAUGAGUAUUUUACUAUUAGGUUUCAUUAAUCUUUAAUUUAUUUUCUUAAAUCAGUUCUGAAGGCAUUAUCGUCUGGGCUGUAUCCAAGAAACCCAGUCCAUAUCGUGUAAUCUUUCAUAAUGUAAUACAGAAUUCUGGGACGAGUUCCCCUCUUACAUUUUCUUUAUUCGAUAAAAAUAACUGAAAUCUUCUGUAUUUUGUUGUUGAAUUUUACACUGGUGUU